AUGCAAAACACGAAACUUCGCGAGAGCCAUGACAACCAUCGCGAUGGCCACGACGCGCUCGACCUAACUCCCCAGCCGGCCAGCGCCUGCACCAACUCCAUCUCUCGCCCCGCCCAGCAUGACGCCACGCCCCCGACCAAGCGUCGUAAACUCGACGACUCGGACAGGCCCUCGAGACCCCCGUCACCGCCCUGGAAAAAGGUCGCCGCUGAUGGGCCCACGUCAUUCAUUGUCGACGGCAGGAGAAAGUCGGGACGCACGAAUGCCCUUCCCGUUGAGCGCGAUUCUAGCACCGACAAGCGGAGGACUACGCGCCAUGCUGCCUCGACCAACGGCCACAAGGCCACCAAGGCCCACUCUCUCAAAUCGACUGCCAGCCCCGCCGUCCAGUCACCCUCGCGUAGCGUCCAGGCAAAAUACAAGAGAGCCUCAGGCUCAGCGCAGGAACUCGAGAAGCCGAAAGCAAAUGGCACGACGCGAAAGUUUCGCCACGAGCCUGCAUCGACUCCAAACGGCUCGGCCACGCGAAAAUCCGGUCGCAUAAAUGAUUUUGCUAAAGCACAGGCUAACAAUAUUCCGAAUGGACACCAGACGACGGUGCAAUCGAGCCCAACCUCGGCUGCCCGUACGCCACGACUCAAGCUCAAGCUAGGCCCGUUACAACUUCCGUUUCUUCAUCCACUCAAUGCCGAACCGCCCCGGAAACACUCCUCUUUUGCCGAGUGGCUAGAACAAGAUGAUCCACUUGCGGGAGAGGAUUUCCGGAAAAUAACGGCAGAGGAAGCACGAGAUGAAGCGCGAUUAAGGCUGAGGAUAUUGGACGCCGCGCAAUCAGGCGGAGUUUUGAGUGAGGGUCAAUGCUCAAAAUAUGCGGCUGAUGCAGAAGAAGAGCCUCCGCCGCGUUACGGACCGUGGAAUCAUAUUGCUGCCCAUGCGGCUAAUUUUCGAAAGUUACUCAUGGCGGAGCGCAGAAACCAUGUCAUAACAGCCCGCCGAUUAGCGUUCGAGUGCAUGGAAGCGUGGAAUUCACGGCAAGGAGCAAAACUGGCAAAACUGGAAGCCGAAAGACCCAAGACAAAGGAGGAGAUUGAGGCUCAAGAAAAAGACUAUGCGGAAAAGCGUUACAAGCAGUUGGUCAAGGAUAUACAGCAGCAAUGGUUGCUGGUUAGGGCAGAAGUCGACAAGCGGAGGCAGGAGCGCUGGCAACAAGAGCAGGAGAAACUCGGCAAGCAGACCAUGAAAUCCUUGUUGGAUCAGUCAACGCACCUGCUUAAGGAACGAAGGAACAGAGCAGACUCAAUCUACAGCAGUGAUAUGGGCGAGGACUCCGAGUCAUACCUGGAGGGUGAUGAUGGUCAGGAAGAUGAAGGCGAAGACGGGGAAAGCCGCAUAGACAGCACACGCCCUGGUUCUAGCCAUGACGUCAUGGACGACGAGUCUGGAUCUGGAUCCGAGGAAGAGACCGUUCACGAUGAAGAUGAGGAUGCCAAUUUGACCCAAGACCAGCUCAGGGAAAAAUAUGCGAAUCUUCGACCAUCAGAGUUUGGUUUGUCUGAAGAAGAGUACGAGGAUGAUGGGGGCGGGGGGGAGACAGAGGAAGAAGAGCGCGCUGACAACUCUUUGGGGCUUCGGAGCUUGUUGACAAACGGUACUUCUGCUAAGGAUGAUGAUGAAGCUACGGCGUCGACCAACGACCCCCGCACGGAUAAGAACGAUUUGGGUGGUAUCGAUCCCUCAAAAGUGACGCUGGAGGAAGUUGACAAUAUUCUUAUGGAUGACGAAGAUGACGACUCCGACAUGAACAUGGAUUCCGAUGAUGAGGGCAGUGCAACUGAAGAGGACGAUGAAGACGACGAAGAAACUGAAGAAGACGAAAAUGAUGAGGAUGCUUUGGGGACCUGGGGCUUCCUGUCUGGCCAGGAGAUCGAAGAAUUGAAAAAAAAGGCUGCUCAAGAACUGGAAAGCGAGAAAGCUGCGACAGCCGAAAGUGUUGCAGAUAUUGGGGACGACAAGGAACAUGAAGCAAAUGGUCUCGAACUGGUCACGGAGAAAGACGUACCGCUUGCCGAACCCAGCGGGACUGCACUUGAUAGAGAGCCCGCUGCAGGUAACUCCGUUGACGGUUUGCUUGAGGCUCAGUCUCCACCGAAGGACGCCAAUAUGAUCGACACUGCGGAAGGCCAGCAACAGAACCCAGAAGACAUCUCUCAAGGCAACAAUGGAGAACUGAUGGCCGACCCUGUGGAAUCUCCUACAACAAUCAAGACACCAGUUCCUCCAUUGCUUCGUGGCAAGCUCCGACCAUAUCAACAUGAAGGGUUGGAUUGGCUUGCUGGUCUUUACGAUGGCAACACCAACGGAAUCCUUGCAGAUGAGAUGGGUUUGGGCAAGACAAUUCAGACCAUUGCCCUGCUUGCGCAUCUGGCAGUGGAGCGGCAAGUGUGGGGGCCUCAUCUUGUUGUGGUGCCAACCAGUGUCAUGCUGAACUGGGAAAUGGAGUUCAAGAAAUUCUGUCCGGGAUUUAAAGUUUUGGCGUACUAUGGCUCUAUUGAGGAGCGGAAACGCAAGCGUCAAGGUUGGAUGAAUGAUGAUCUCUGGAAUGUGGUUAUCACGUCCUAUCAACUCAUUCUCCAUGAUGCCGCGGCUUUCAAGAAACGCAGCUGGCACUACCUCAUCCUGGACGAGGCUCAUAACAUCAAGAAUUUCCAAACUCAACGUUGGCAGACACUAUUGACAUUCAAAACCCAAAGGCGGCUUCUGCUUACCGGUACUCCACUUCAAAACAAUCUCCAGGAACUCUGGUCUUUAUUGUUCUUCCUUAUGCCAUCUGGAGACGAUGGACAAGGCGGGUUUGCAGCCCUCAGUAAUUUCACGCACGCCAUGGCAAGGCCUACCAAUCAGAUCCUUGACCAGGGAAGGCAAGAGCUCGAUGCCGAGGCACAGGCUACAGUGAAGCAACUACAUGAAGUCUUACGUCCCUACCUUUUGAGAAGGCUCAAAGCCGAUGUUGAGAAGCAAAUGCCGGGAAAGUAUGAGCACGUUGUCUACUGCCGUCUUUCCAAAAGACAGAGACAGCUCUAUGACGGCUUCAUGGGCAGAGCGGAUACUAGGCAGACCUUAGCCGGAGGUAACUACAUGUCUAUCAUGAACUGCCUGAUGUCGCUUCGAAAGGUUUGCAAUCAUCCGGACCUCUUCGAGACAAGGCAGAUUGUGACCUCGUUCGCGAUGCCGAAGUCUGUGGUAGCCGACUACGAAAUCAAAGACCUACUGGUGCGCAAGCGCCUGCUCCAAGAAGACCAAAACGAAAAGCUAGAUCUAGAUUUCUUAAACCUUUGCCUAGCCAAAAAGGAGCACGUUUCUGCCGUCCAAGCAAAACGAAUCCAGGCGAUUCAAGCUAUCCGGCCUCUGGAAGGGUUAAUCGAACGGCAGACUCGGCGACUUAAACCUUUAAGCGGCGUGGAUGGCUCGUCUCUCAGUUCAUUGUCAACUCAUCUUGCAGCAACUUCAGAUCAAUCAACACUGGCACAUCUCCAGAACUGCCUCCACAUAACGCGUCGGCGAGCGCAAAGGACUCCAGUUUAUGGCACCGGCUUCAUUGAUCGUAUCACGCUGAACAAUCUCACGAGCCAGUUUAUCGCUUCCAGAGGUCCCUGGAAGGGACAGAAUCAAGGAGAAUGGUACCUCGGUACGCCUUCGGUGUGGCCAAACAUCGUUCCAACUUUGGACGAACGUUCCGAAGCUUUGGCAACAACCGUACAAAAGUUUGGCUUCGUCACCCCUGCCGUUGUAGCGAGUGACUUGAUCCCCUUGGCACUGGGCGAGGACCGAGCUCAGUUAGUUCGAAGCUCCAUUACAAACAGCCGCCCCGAUCCUUAUCACGAAUCUCGUAUCCGACUUUCCAUCGCUUUUCCGGACAAGAGAUUACUUCAGUACGACUGUGGCAAACUUCAAAGGCUUGCUAAACUUUUGCGUGAUCUUCAAGCCGGUGGCCAUCGUGCGUUGAUCUUUACUCAGAUGACUAAGGUACUUGAUGUCCUGGAGCAGUUUCUCAAUAUCCAUGGUCAUCGUUACCUUCGUCUCGACGGCGCGACUAAAAUAGAGCAACGACAAGUACUCACGGAUCGAUUCAACAAUGACCCAAGAAUCCUGGCAUUCAUUCUGUCGUCGAGAUCUGGCGGGUUAGGAAUCAACCUAACAGGUGCUGAUACCGUCAUCUUCUACGAUCUCGACUGGAAUCCUGCGAUGGACAAGCAAUGUCAAGAUAGAUGUCACAGAAUUGGUCAAACGCGCGAUGUGCACAUCUACAGGUUCGUGUCUGAGUACACGAUUGAAGCUAACAUCCUGCGCAAGUCAAACCAAAAGAGGCUUCUUGAUGAUGUUAUCAUUCAAAAAGGCGACUUCACAACAGACUAUUUCAACCGUCUUACCUACAAGGACGUGUUGGACGAAGUACCUGAAGCGGAGGACUCCGAAGCGAACGCAGCCAUGGACAAGGUUUUGGGAAACAUGGGAAUGCCGGAUCCAUCGGGCUUGGGGAGCGUGCUGGAAGGUGUGGAAGACAAGGAAGAUACCGAGGCGGCCAAAGUGGCACAGAAAGAAAUCGUCACCGAAGUCCACAUCGACGACGCCGACUUCAACGAAGCUAGUUCGCGGCCCAGCGCUACUCCGAGGCCGUCGGCGCCGCCAAUUUCGGAUGGUGACCGGGAUCUGGACGGGGAGGAAGCACCGCAUGUAGACGAUUUCAUGGUCAGGUUAACGGAAUGGGAGCUGCGAGAUGUACCACUGGGGCCUCCUCCUGACAGGAGGCGACGUAAGAGGAACGGCGGAGAGCAUAGGAUUCGGCGCAGGCGGUAA